CGCUUGCUGCCGAGAACGCGCCUGGGUCCCGUCCUCAGCGCAUCCCUGCGGAGCAUGGCGUCCGCCAAGGUGACUUUAACUAAGAGGGCGGAUCCAUCUGAGCUGAGAACCAUAUUUUUAAAGUAUGCAAGUGUUGAGAAAAAUGGCGAAUUUUUUAUGUCUCCAAAUGACUUUAUCAACCGGUACCUGAAUAUUUUUGGAGAUUGUCAGCCCAACCCUGAGACUGUGGAGCUCCUCGGAAGCGUGGUGGACCAGACCAAGGAUGGGCUAAUAUCCUUUCAAGAAUUCAUAGCGUUUGAGUCUGUCCUGUGCGCCCCGGAUGCCACAUUUGUGGUGGCCUUCCAGCUCUUUGACAAAACUGGUGAUGGAGAGGUGAACUUCGAGGAUGUAAAGCAAGUUUUUGAACGGACCACCAUUCACCAACACAUUCCAUUUAACUGGAAUUCGGAAUUUGUGCAGCUGCAUUUUGGGAAAGAUCGAAAAAGACGGCUGCCCUAUGCAGAGUUCACUCAGUUCUUACUGGAAAUCCAGUUGGAACAUGCCAAACAGGCCUUUAUGCAGCGGGACACUGCACACACCGGGCGAGUCACUGCCAUGGACUUCCGGGAUAUCAUGGUUACCAUCCGCCCACACGUCUUGACACCUUUUGUGGAGGAGUGCCUGGUUUCGGCUGCGGGAGGUACCACAGCCCACCAAGUUAGCUUCUCCUACUUCAAUGGAUUUAAUGCUCUCCUUAACAACAUGGAAAUCAUUAGGAAGAUCUACACCACGCUGGCUGGCAGCAGGAAAGAUGUGGAAGUCACCAAGGAGGAGUUCGCUCUGGCAGCUCAGAAGUUUGGGCAGAUCACCCCUAUGGAAGUGGACAUCCUCUUUCAGCUGGCCGACCUCUAUGAGCCACGAGGGCGCAUGACGUUGGCUGACAUUGAGAGGAUCACCCCCCUUAUCGGGGAGCAGCUGCAGUGCAAGCUGACCGAACACCAGAGGCAGAGGGUUUCCGGAGACCCUCGCCCGUUUAUCAUCCACGUAGCAGAGUCCGCUUACAGGUUCGCCCUGGGCUCUGUUGCUGGAGCUGUGGGAGCUACUGCAGUCUACCCAAUUGACCUGGUGAAGACACGGAUGCAGAACCAGCGGUCCACAGGGUCUUUGGUGGGAGAGCUGAUGUACAAAAACAGCUUUGAUUGUUUUAAGAAAGUGCUGCGCUACGAAGGCUUCUUUGGACUAUACAGAGGUCUGUUGCCGCAGUUGUUGGGAGUCGCCCCAGAGAAGGCCAUCAAGCUCACGGUCAAUGAUUUUGUCCGCGACAAGUUUGAGCGCAAAGACGGCUCCAUCCCCUUGGCAGCAGAAAUCCUCGCUGGUGGCUGUGCUGGAGGCUCACAGGUGAUCUUCACAAACCCACUAGAAAUCGUCAAGAUCCGCUUACAAGUUGCUGGAGAAAUCACUACGGGUCCUCGCGUCAGUGCCCUGUCUGUGCUCCGCGACCUAGGCUUCUUUGGAAUCUACAAGGGGGCCAAAGCAUGCUUUCUGCGGGACAUCCCCUUCUCUGCCAUUUACUUCCCCUGCUAUGCACAUGUGAAGGCAUCCUUUGCUCAGGAGGAUGGGCACGUCAGCCCCGGCAGCCUCCUCCUUGCAGGGGCCAUUGCUGGUAUGCCAGCUGCAUCUUUAGUGACCCCUGCUGAUGUGAUCAAGACAAGAUUACAGGUGGCAGCUCGGACCGGCCAGACCACCUACAGCGGAGUGAUAGACUGUUUUCGGAAGAUCCUUCGAGAAGAGGGCCACAGAGCCUUGUGGAAGGGGACAGGGGCCCGUGUGUUCCGGUCGUCACCUCAGUUUGGUGUGACACUGCUGACCUAUGAGCUGCUACAGCGUUGGCUCUACGUGGAUUUCGGGGGCAUAAAAUCGGCCCCAGCUGAGCCUGCUGUGAAAUCCCUGCAUCCGCCCAAUGCCGAUCACGUUGGGGGCUACAAGUUAGCAGUGGCCACAUUUGCAGGCAUCGAAAACAAGUUUGGACUUUACUUGCCUCGGUUCAAGCCAUCCGCGCCUGCGCCCUAGGUCUCUCGGCCCAGCAGCCUGCACUGCUGACCCGUUGGAGCGGGGGGCCGUCUUCUUCCUCUCCCUUGUCUCUUGUUCAGAUUAAGGUUGGGGCUUUUUAUCAUGAUCAUUGUGUGGAAUCAUUUGGGGUUUGUGCUUCCUUAACCAGAUCACGGUGAAAUUCCUGCUCAUGAUUUGUUCUUGGGGCUGAGUCGGGCCCAACCUUGCCUAGUGUUUGGGUGACCUGAGAAUGAAUGGAUGGGAGAAAGAGCCAAGUUACAGACGGACACAAGGGACCCUUUCCUUGGGCUGGAAACAUGGCCCAGGCCACGGGGCCUGGAGCUGGAGACAGGAGAGGGCUAAAAGCCCUGACUUUUUUUAAAAUUCCAGGAUCUGCCACCCUGGCAUCAGGUUUUCAACACUGACACGCACAAGCUCUGGCUCUGGAUCGUAUUAUGAAACAUUGAUGUGAAACACGUUUUUGUGUAAUGCAAACCACAUUGACUGUUCAGACCUCGGAUUCUGUUCCCGGCAUCAGGCUGCUUGAGAAAAGGGCUGUGUCCAUCCAGUCUUGGUGCACCCUGGCCGUUUGCUCUCCCAUUGCAUCCCACACGCGUGCGGCUGGGCUCCCCACUCCAGGGGCCAAAAGGCAUGCAGACCAGGUCCCACCCCACCCACCUUGCAGUUGCUGCCUCAGUCUUCUCUUUACCCUGAAUCAUGUCAAAGACAAAAAUGGUCUCUGAUUGGUGCCUUGAGUCACGUUUGUGGGGCUGUGUAUUUAUUUCUGAAGAGAGAAAUAAACCCUUUCAAACAGUCA